UAGAUUCCCACCCCAACCCAAAGAUUAGAGAGCUGAAAUAAACGAGAAGGCAGAACGCAGAAGGCAAUCUAAAAGGCAUGGCGUGCGUUGCGUCCUGGUAUUCUCUGCCUCCGGUGCGACCUCGCACAUGCCACUCCAACGCCUUCUCGAACAACAGAGGCAUCGCCGUACGCAGUAGAAAAAGUCAUGCGCUCCUGCAAUGUUGCAAAAACAAACAAGAAAAAACGGACACCAAAACAGAAACAUGUUUUGGCAUUGAAUUCCAAGCUACGAGGAGACAAGUUGUGCUUGGGACGGCGUUUGUUGCAUUUUCUUUUCCCCAUCUCAUUUCAAAUGCAUUGGCAGAGAAUGGUAAUGUGCCGGAGGGUUUUCGAGUUUACACUGACGAUGUCAAUAAGUUCAAGAUAUUGAUUCCCCAAGACUGGCAAGUAGGCGCCGGAGAGCCAACUGGGUUUAAAUCAGUCACUGCUUUCUACCCAGAACAAGAGGGUAAUAGCUCAAUUAGCGUUGUGAUCACGGGGCUUGGUCCGGAUUUUACAAAGAUGGAAUCCUUUGGUAAAGUUGAAGCGUUUGCUGAGACUCUGGUUAGUGGAUUGGAUAGGAGCUGGCAAAGGCCAGCAGGAGUGGCAGCAAAACUUAUAGAUUGCAAAGCAUCGAAAGGCCUUUACUUCAUCGAGUAUUCACUACAAAAACCCGGUGAAAGUUGCAAGCACCUGUUUUCAGCACUUGGAAUGGCAACCAACGGUUGGUACAACAGACUGUAUACAGUCACCGGACAGUAUGUCGAGGAAGAAUCAGAUAAAUACAGCGCCAAUGUUAAGGAGGCUGUCAAAUCCUUCAGGUUCAUUUGAGGGCUCCAGCCAGAGUUUGAAACUCCAGUUUUACACUGAUUUUGAUUGUCAGUACGGUCAGUAUUUCGUGGUAAUAUAACGAGAUACAUUUCAAUCAAACAUCUAGCUGCCGAAGAGAAGAUUGUUAAUACUGCAGCAGCACUUUCAUUCUAUUAUAAAUCAGAGAGAUUUCAUAUAUAACAUAUGUGCAUUUGAAAGAGCAACAA